AUGCGAGUGCUCAAUGAGACGAUGACAUCACUCGAAUCUCUGAUCAUCAUCAUACAUGAUUUUGAAGCCGAUCACUAUUUUGAUCAAUUCAAUGAACUAUUCGGUCACUUCACCAUGCUCAAGGAGUUCACAUUGGUGAUUCGUGGCGGAUUCUCUCAGAAACAGUUCUUGGACGACCUCCUGGAUAAAGACAACAAGAUAACAAUCAAUGCGCCAUCAAUCAAAUUCAUCUUUCAAGAUGGACUUGACAACCGCAAAUAUCUCGUCAAGGUCAUUGGCAAAAUCAUACAACGCUUCCAUGGAACACUUCAAACUCUAUCGUUCAACAAUCUGUCAUUGUCCAUACUAUCCAAGGGCAUCGAUCAAUCAUUAAUUAUCUCUCUAAACAAUGAUGAUUUUGAUGAUAAUGAUGAUGAUGGUAAUGAUGUUAAGAAGAAGAAGAAGAAGAAGAAUGAGUGUCAAUCAAUCAAUAUUAGACGAGAUGAAUUGAAAGACUCCAAGAUAUUGUCAGUUGCCAUCACAACUUUACUUGGACAAUGCGAAGUUAAAACAUACGAUGAUAGUAUCAGGACAUUCCAUCCAGUGAUCAAGCACACUCUGUCAAAGUUCCCGCCAAACAACCCAGACGACUACGAUGCUGAUCGACUUGGUAGACAUUUGGAACAAAGAUGGAGUUUCUUCAAGUCACAGAGCGAGUCGUCCCUAGAGUGA